UAUUUCAAAAUAGAAAUCCCGUCAUUUAAAAUCAAUGGCUGCGUGCAAGAUUUGCGGCCUGAAAGUUUCGAGAUGUGGAGUUAAAUCGGCCAGUUUCAAUACCUCGAACCUGAUAAAACAUGUGAAGACGAAACGUGAACGAACACAACGGGUUUGAGCCUGCAAGAGCAGGACUGCUAUCCAGAGGAAGGGCACUGGACAGGUGCAACAAUCUCUGCAUGUGAUAUUGUGUGACCACAUCCAAAACUGGGCGCAAUGGAGACUGGGAAUAUCAGCAGCAGAGAUGAAGCUGGCGUCCUCUCGGCGAGUCCUUACACCACUGUGGAGAGUGUGCUCAUCAUUCUGGUGACGGGAUCGCUCAGUCUGAUUACUGUUAUUGGAAAUAUCCUGGUCAUGCUCUCCAUAAAGGUAAACAGGAACCUGCAGACCGUCAACAACUACUUCCUGUUCAGUCUAGCCUGCGCGGAUCUCAUUAUUGGCAUCGUCUCCAUGAACCUAUACACCGUCUACAUCGUAAUCGGCUACUGGCCCUUGGGAGCGGUGGUGUGCGACUUGUGGCUAGCGGUUGACUACGUGGUUAGCAACGCCUCGGUCAUGAACCUCUUGAUCAUCAGCUUCGACCGUUACUUCUGCGUCACCAAACCGUUGAGUUACCCUGCUCGCCGUAGCACCAAGAUGGCCGGUCUGAUGAUCGCCGCUGCGUGGGUACUAUCCUUUGUCCUGUGGGCGCCGGCUAUUUUGUUCUGGCAGUUCAUCGUGGGUGGCAGAACCGUGCCGCCGGGAGAGUGCUACAUCCAGUUUUUCUCGAACCCGGCUGUCACCUUUGGUACAGCCAUCGCGGCCUUCUACCUGCCCGUAGCCAUCAUGAUCUACCUCUACUGGCGCAUCUCCAGGGCCAGUCGUAGUCGCGUCCAGAGGGACAGCAGGAAGACGUCUGGAACCAGCACCGCAGAAGCUCACAGUCAGGAGUACCCGGGCGAGAACCAGAUCCAAAACAACUGCAUUCAGAAGAUAAGGGAACAGCUCAGGGAGGCUGCGUUGGUCAAGGAGAAGGAGGCACUACCACAACAGAAUGGAAACGCUCCUUGCAAUGAAGACAAACCAGAGCAGAUGGAACCAGAGGCGGACAGCGUCCAACCUUCCACAUCUACAGAGAACGAGGUCCCCGUUUCGGUGCUGAAGGGACUGAACGCCAUAAGAAGGAUGAACCAAACACAGCCAUCCUCUAGGGCAACAUCCUUGACUGACUGCCAAGCCACAAAUACCAUGUUGAAGUUGACGAGGCAGAACACGGUGGCCAAGUGGCGCAAGAAAAGCGCAUCAUCACGAGAGAAGAAGGUGACGCGCACCAUCAUGGCCAUCUUGGUGGCCUUUGUGGUGACGUGGACGCCAUACAACGUGAUGGUGCUGAUCAACACCUUCUGCUCCAUCUGCAUCCCCAACGCCUUGUGGACCAUCGGCUACUGGCUGUGCUACAUCAACAGCACCAUCAACCCGGCCUGUUACGCCCUGUGCAACACCACCUUCAAAAACACCUUCAAGCACUUGCUGCUGUGCCAGUACAAAAACAUACGAGCAGCACGGUGAUGUAGCUGCUGUCAACAAAGACUGUCUGCCAAAUGUAAACUAAAUACUAAAAUAUGUGCUUUUCGUUUGAUGUACUUUGGUACCUUGACGCACCAGUUUUUCCCACGGUAGAGCUUAAUUUAGUCUUUUGGUCAUUGUGAUGUUUUGCCAUUUAACAAGGCCAAGUAGCCAGAGGUGAGUAGAGUAGCCAAAACAUUACUUAAGUAAGAGUAGCAUUACUUCAAGAUAAUAUAACUACUUAACUACUUUUUUCCCCUCAUUUUGAAUCCUGUGUCUUAUAGUCCAGUGCGUCUUAUUUGUUGAUUUAUUUGGGUUAAUAGGUAACACUGAAUUUGACGGCGGCGUCAUAAGACUGCCAUAAUACCGUUGUAAUCAUUACAUGACACUAUCAUGGGCAUUAAUGAAUGCUUAUGACAGAUGUCAUCUGGCAAAUGAUGUCACUAACUCCAUUUACAGUAUGUCCAGCUCGGAUCUUUUACAUCCAUUCAAAAAUGAGAUAAUUUGCUGGAUGACACAAACUGACAUCUGUCAUAAGCAUUCAUUAAUGCUCAUGACAGUGUCAUGUCAUAAUUAUGAUGGUCUAAUGACAGUUUUUUGCUGCCACUGUCAAAUAAGGUGUUACCCAAAUACCAUAACUAGCAAUUAAUGAAACAAGUGGAACAGUAACUGAAGAAAUAAUUAGCACAGAAGAAUUAUGGUUGUUAUUUACAUCUGUAGUGCUGCAAUGCAUGCUAGGAGGCAUGUUGAAUUACAACAGUGUUGAAAGCAGGUGGCAGCAGAGGUUGAUUGUCAGCCCCAAGGAAGCAGUGAUGGCCAAAACAAGCUUUUCCAAGCAACGAAGCUUUGCAGCCAAUUGGUUCAAAGCUUCAUGGUGGUUCAUUUGGUCUUAUGACAGUCGUAUGAUGCCGCUGUCAAAUAUAAGGGUACUGGUUAAUAUCUUCUGGUGUAAAUAUCCCAUAAUACAGCUGGCUUCUAUCACACAACUUAUGAAGUUCUGUACAUAUGACCCUUCACCAAAGAAGCACAUCCAUAUGUUAUAGUAAACAUAAAAUACUUACAUUUAUUUCCGAUGCGGAAACGUAACAGAAAGCAUUCACGACUGUCAAUGCUACCGCUAGACACCGCAAUGUGUAAGUGAUUGAACCAAACUACUGUCACAAAAAAUAGAUGCAGUGAAUUAUUAUGACCAGCAGGUGGGAGCAAUGCCCCGCAAAUGGUCAAAUGAUUUCCCAUACUAGUGUAAACUGUAAAGCCAGAAAAGUACAUAUUAUCGGUCCUAUUAUAAAUGUUAUUGGAAUUAUCGGGAUGACGUCAUAAUUCCUAUUAUCGGACCGAUAAUUCAUUAUCGGACCAAUAAUUAUCGUGUACCAGUACUAUCUAUGAACAAAUUAGUUUUCGUGUCAAAUUUGCUGGGUGGCGACUUAUAGUCAGGUGUGCCUUAUAGUCCAAAAACUACGGUACUGAAGAAAAAGUAAAAGUAGUCAUCAAAAAAAAAAAAAAAAA